UGCAUUUCAUCACUUACUUCUUACACAGGAUCUGUUCGUCCUGUUCCGUGAGAGUCAUUUCACUUCGAGUUCCUCAAAAUAACCCUCAGGAAACAUGCGCGAGUGCAUCUCCAUACACGUUGGUCAGGCUGGAGUCCAGAUUGGCAAUGCCUGCUGGGAGCUUUACUGCCUGGAACAUGGGAUCCAGCCGGACGGACUGAUGCCCAGCGACCACACUCUUGGUAAAGGAGAUGAUUCGUUCAACACCUUCUUCAGUGAGACUGGAUCUGGAAAGCACGUCCCCAGAGCUGUUUUUGUCGACCUGGAGCCCAGUGUUAUCGACGAGGUGCGCACUGGAACCUAUCGCAGCCUGUUCCACCCUGAGCAGCUGAUCACUGGGAAGGAGGAUGCAGCAAACAACUACGCCCGAGGACACUACACUGUCGGCAAAGAGCACAUUGACAAUGUGCUGGAUAGGAUUCGCAAGCUGUCUGACCAGUGCACUGGUCUGCAGGGUUUCCUGGUUUUCCACAGCUUUGGAGGUGGAACUGGCUCUGGCUUCACCUCCCUGCUGAUGGAGCGUCUGUCUGUCGACUAUGGAAAGAAGUCAAAGCUGGAGUUCUCCAUCUACCCUGCUCCCCAGGUGUCCACUGCCGUGGUGGAGCCCUACAACGCCAUCCUGACCACUCACACCACCCUGGAGCACUCCGACUGUGCCUUCAUGGUGGAUAACGAGGCCAUCUACGAUAUCUGCCGCAGGAAUCUCGACAUCGAUCGUCCCACCUACACCAACCUGAACAGGAUGAUCAGUCAGAUUGUGUCGUCCAUCACUGCUUCUCUCCGUUUUGAUGGUUCCCUCAACGUGGAUCUGACAGAGUUCCAGACCAACUUGGUGCCAUAUCCUCGUAUCCACUUCCCUCUGGCCACCUAUGCCCCCAUCAUCUCCGCUGAGAAGGCGUGUCAUGAGCAGUUGACAGUGGGCGAGAUCACAAACGCCUGCUUUGAGCCGGCCAAUCAGCUGGUGAAGUGUGACCCUCGUCACGGCAAGUACAUGGCCUGCUGCCUGCUGUUCCGUGGUGACGUGGUGCCCAAAGAUGUCAACGUUGCCAUCGCCGCCAUCAAGACCAAGCGCACCAUCCAGUUUGUGGACUGGUGUCCCACCGGUUUCAAGGUCGGCAUCAACUACCAGCCGCCCACUGCGGUUCCUGGAGGAGACCUGGCCAAGGUCCAGAGGGCUGUGUGCAUGCUGAGCAACACCACCGCUAUUGCAGAGGCCUGGGCUCGGCUUGACCACAAGUUUGAUCUGAUGUACGCUAAGCGUGCCUUUGUUCACUGGUAUGUGGGGGAGGGAAUGGAGGAGGGAGAGUUCUCAGAGGCCAGAGAGGACAUGGCGGCACUGGAGAAAGAUUAUGAGGAGGUGGGAGCUGACAGUUAUGAUGAGGUGGAUGAGGAUGAAUACUAAGCAGGCAUGUAGUAUGUGUUUCCCUCUGUUCUGUAUGUGUUCAGAAAACACUUUUGUUCAUCAGAGGGGGGCCUCUAUUAAUGCUUGUGGUAAAGAAGUUAUUUAAUUGGAGCAAUGCAGUGUUCCAUGUGUCUGUUAAACAGUGUUGGGGAUAAAUUAAGAAUACGCUGUCGAGGAGUAUUUUAAGGAGCAGAGUGCUCUGUGUUUAUUGCCAUGGAAGAAUAUAAACCUGGCAUUGUCUAUGUCUGAACUAUGCCCUGUGUUAAUAAAAUUAAUUGACUAUA